UCGUGUACACACAGUCAUUGCCCCCUAAGAUGUACCCACUUGGUGUUCAUAAACCAACAAUGAGGGCUAGGUUACUUCUCGUCGUUUCCUUCGUAGUCAAUUUCAAAAUUCAUCACAGUUCCAACACUGUUUUCCUGCAAAAAUUUAUGCAGUUUAAUCUAACUUCUCCAGGGGAAGAGACUUUUUCACCAACAGAUUCGAGACCAGAAGCAAACUCAAGCGAUACCUCCAAUGACUCUAACGUUCUUACGUUCGACCUUGGGCACUCUCCCGUUUGUCCAAACGAGAUGAACAUAUUUUGGCAACUGAGGCCACCGUUCACUUCGGAAAGAAAUGAUAGCAAAGAUAAACCGACUGAUGGGAUUUUCCAUCAAGCUUUAGAUUUCGCUUUAGGCGAGUGCUGCCAAUUUUACAGGGGAAAUAAACCUGUAAUGCGUUACUUAGAAAUGACCGAUAAUUCGACUUCGCUUCGCAGCCAUAUUCUCGCAGAUGAAACGAGCUUGGUGUUUCCCGUACAAGAAGAUUGGUUCAUAGGUCGUAUGCUCUACAUUAAUGUGUUGGAUUCUCCUGGAGUUGUUUUGAUUCGAAGAGAAACUUUUUAUUCAACGGAGAGAAGAACUCAGCUGUUGAAAGCAAUUUUUGGAACGUGGCCUAUCGUAAUUUUAAGCCUUUUGUUAUCGUCUGUUGCUGGAAUCUUCAUAUGGAUGUUGGAAACUAGAACAAACAAAGAGGAGUUUGGUCGUCCUUUCUACCGUGGAGCUUUUGAUGGAUUCUGGUGGGCGUUUGUCACCAUGUCAACAGUCGGAUAUGGUGAUAAAACCCCAAAGUCAAUAGGUGGCAGGUUGUUUUCUGUGGUAUGGAUUAUAACUGGAAUCACUGUAUGCUCUGUACUGACUGCCACACUUGCAAGUGCUUUGACGAAUGUCACAGUGGAAAGAUAUGAUGUCACCGCAACAAGAACCAUUGGCGCACAGAAGGAAAGCUUUGCCUUUAAGCAAGCUGUAAACCUCGGAGCAAACGUUGCAGAAUUUGAAAACCUUCAGGAAGCGUUCUUUUCUUUGGAAAACGGAUCUGUAGAAGGUAUUUUGGAGGAAAUGUUCACUGGGAUUGAGUUUAUGAAACGGAAACCUAAUAAAGGAUUAUCAAUUGCUCAAGUGUUUGAAAGACAACACUACUACGGUGCAGGAAUAAAAAGGGAUGGCUUCAGUGCUAAGGUGUUGGACUGCCUACAAAAAGUCGUCAACUUUGUCUCUGAGGAUAUCUAUUCCAAUACAAGCAGACUUCUUAAAUCUUUCAAACAUUUUGACGAGUCUUCUUCUCAGAUGAGUGAAACACCUACCGAUUCAGCCAACCAAAACUACAGUGGCCUAUUUGAUCACAGUUCUGUAUCAUUUAAAGCAACGGUUAUCGGAAUUUCUGUUACCCUAGUUCUGUUCAUGACCUGCUCCUCUGGGUUUGCGGGGAUCAAGCAUCUACGACGAAAGAUAUCAAAGGAACCAGUUGACUUAGAAGCUGGAGUAAAAUGAGGUUUCAUUUUUAUUCAAGGCUAUGUACAGGAUAUUUCUUUACAAGAUAUGAAAAAAGGUCAAGCUUGCUGUCACGUUUACUAACUUCCAAUCCAAUCUAAUCCAUUACCGUGCACAUGCUGAGUUAAGAUAACUUACCUUCCUCGCGAGCUGUAUUAAAACACUGCAUUGGCUUUUCUUUACUAAGCACAUGAUUGGUCUGAAAAGUCUUGUCAGCCUUAGAACCAAUCCGAUAUCCAAGUAAAGAGAGUCGUAAUUUGGUCACUCGCGAUUGUCCAGCGCUUCGAACUGUUUACUUGUUUUUACUUUAGACUCACUGACGCUAUGGAUAUUUGACUUGUUCUAAUCGGCAGUUUUGAUUACUUUACCCAGUCUCGGAUUUGCCAUAUUUAAUCGAAAUCCAUGCUAUUUCGCCUUUUCCCGCGGUCGCCCUUAUUUAAUGCACGAGUGCUUGAAACUAUGGAGUUUUUAAUCUAUCGUUGUAAUAUGUGGAUUGAGGAUAGUUUAGCUUUAUAUAACUUAAAUUUUUUUUUUUGGAAACUAGUUACACUAACAUGACAACCAAAUUUCCUGUUUUACUAAUCAAAGUGAAUCGUUCACAUGCAUAUUUGGACAAGGUAACUUGGCUUUCAAUUUGAUAGUCAGGAAGGUUAGUCUUGGUCUGGGGUCUUGUGACUGAAAACGAGCAGAAAAAAAAUUACCUUUGGUUAUAAUUUAAGGAUAGACUAGAUUUGAGAUAUGACUGAAUCUUUGUAGAGGAAGUAGCCAUUUUAUAAAUAAUUCAUAAAGUUUAAAAUUUGUGUACUGCUUUCUGUCUUAAUUUAAGAACUGAGUGGUGACAAGACUGAGCACUUCCACAAAUAUUACUGGAUUACAUUAAGUAAAAAGAUAAACAAGGAGCUUUGGAAGACCUUGAGUCGUUAAUAAAAAUUAAUCAAUACAAAAUAAAUGAAACUGACACUUGUAGUCAUUCUGCAAACUCGUACACUAAGCCAACAGUCAACAUCGAGAAAAACACGAUGAGAAGAAUCCGAAAAGUUCUCCCAAACUGGUGCGAGUUACCAUCCAGCAUCUUCACUAUGACGUCAAUGUCAUCAGCUGUCACUCGACGGUUCGACUCAU